AUGUCAGCUCGGAGCGCCCGCCCCCUUCCCACAACCCCGCGCGGUUCCAACAUGGCGGCGCCCAUGGUGACGAGCAGCGGCUGCCGGCGGCGGGUUGUAUCACUUUGGCAAUGUGCGUGGAGGAGAAAUAUGCAGACAACAGCACCGUGUCUGAAGAACCGAGCAGCCAGAGUCCGCGUGGCCAAAGGUGACAAGCCAGUCACGUACGAGCAGGCACAUCCGCCUCACCACAUCGCCCACAGGAAAGGAUGGCUGUCCCAGCACACCAGCAACCUGGAUGGUGAAGGUGGGGCCGCAGAGCGCACCAUUGAAGAUGUCUUCAUCCGCAAGUUUAUUUACGGGACUUUCCACGGGUGUCUGGCCAAUGAGGUGGUGCUGAAGAGAAGAGCGAACACUAUCAUCAUCUGUGCCAUCUUUAUUCAGAAGCUUCCACCACAGAAGUUCUAUUUCCUAAUCGGCUACACAGAGAGUCUGCUGUCCCACCUGUACAAAUGCCCCGUCAAGAUGGAAGUGCAGACAGUGGAGAAGAAGGUUGUGUACAAGUAUAUCUGACACAAUGCACAGAGGUGGCACGGUGGCGCAGCAGUAGAGUUGCUGCCCUGCAGCACCAGAGACCCGGGUUCGAUCCCGACUGCGGGUGCUGUCUGUACGGAGUUUGCAUGUUCUCUGCGUGGGGUUUCUCUCGUUUGCUCCGGUUUCCUCCAACACUCCAAAGACAUACAGGUUUGCAGGUGUAAAUGGAAAUAAUCCCCAGUGUGUGUAGGAUAGUGUUAGUGUGCAGGGAUCGCUGGUCAGUGUGGAUUCGAGGGGCCGAAGGGUCUGUUUCCACGAUAAACUGGACUGAACAAUUCUUGAUGAAAUAUUGAAUGCGUGGUAUUGCUAGAUUUGUUUUUUUUUAAUAAACAUCUGCCCUACUUGACAGCUUGAAUCCUGAACAGGCUGUGUUGAAA